AUGACUUUGGCUGAGGAAUUCCGCUCGAGAAACUUUAGCAUCUAUGGACAAUGGACCGGGGUGAUCUGCAUUGUCCUGUGUUUUGCUCUCGGAAUUGCCAAUAUCUUCACAUUUCACCCUGUGCUUAUCAUUUUCAGUAUAAUAUGCCUUGUUUCGUCAUUUCUCCUCAUCUUCGUCGAAGUCCCUUUCCUACUGCGAAUCUGUCCUACCUCGGAAAAGUUCGACAACUUCGUCCGCCGGUUUACAACGAACUGGAUGCGUGCCGCGAUGUACACCAUCCUGAGUGUAGUCCAAUGGCUUAGUCUACUUGUCCGCGCAACGAGCUUGAUUGCCGCGGCUGUCUUUUUGAUUAUCGCAGCUAUAUUCUAUGCCUUGGCAGGCCUGAAGAGCCAAGACUUCGUUGGCAGUAAGACUUUGGGUGGCCAAGGCCUUGCGCAAAUGAUUGUUUAA